ACAAAUGACCUACUGACAGGGAGAAAGCGCGGUACUGGACGCAGCGAGGGACCUGGGGCUUGAUAACGCGUUUUUUGUUACCCCCUGGAGUGUCGUUCUCCUAACUUUGUUCCAGGCUUGUCACCGUAAGGCUUGUCAUGGCUUCCAGUCACACUGUGUUGAUGCGGUUGGUAGCCUCAGCAUAUUCUAUUGCUCAGAAGGCAGGAACAAUAGUCAGACGUGUUAUUGCUGAAGGAGACCUGGGUAUCGUGGAGAAGACCUCUGCAACAGACCUGCAGACCAAAGCUGACCGAUUGGUACAAAUGAGCAUAUGCUCUUCACUGGCCCGGAAAUUCCCCAAACUAACAAUUAUAGGGGAAGAGGAUCUGCCUUCUGAGGAAGUGGAUCAAGAACUGAUUGAAGAUGGCCAGUGGGAGGAAAUACUGCAGCAACCAUGCCCAUCACAGUACAGGUCUAUUAAAGAGGAAGAUCUUGUGGUCUGGGUUGAUCCUCUGGAUGGUACCAAGGAAUAUACUGAAGGUCUUCUUGACAAUGUAACAGUUCUCAUUGGAAUUGCUUAUGAAGGAAAAGCCAUUGCAGGAGUUAUUAACCAGCCAUAUUACAACUACCAGGCAGGACCAGAUGCUGUGUUGGGGAGGACAAUCUGGGGAGUUUUAGGUUUAGGUGCCUUUGGCUUUCAGCUGAAAGAAGUGCCUGCUGGGAAACACAUUAUCACAACUACCCGAUCCCAUAACAGCAAAUUGGUUACUGACUGUAUUACUGCUAUGAACCCUGAUGAUGUGCUGCGAGUGGGAGGAGCAGGAAAUAAGAUUAUUCAGCUUGUUGAAGGCAAAGCCUCUGCGUAUGUAUUUGCAAGUCCUGGAUGUAAGAAGUGGGAUACUUGUGCUCCCGAAGUUAUUCUACAUGCUGUGGGAGGCAAGUUGACCGACAUCCAUGGAAAUGCCCUUCAGUACAACAAGGAAGUGAAACAUAUGAACUCCGCAGGCGUCCUGGCCACACUGAGGAAUUACGACUACUAUGCAAGUCGAGUUCCCGAAUCUGUUAAAAAUGCACUUGUUCCUUAAAGGGAAAUCUUAUUUACUUAGCUAGGAGAAGGACUUUGUUCCAAAAUAAUACGUUUUAAAACUAAUUGGAUGGAAUUACAGCUCCAACUUUACUUUAUUCAUUGUCAAUCAGUGAUUUAUAUUUAGUGACUUAAGGGUAGAAAAUAGAAAUUAAAAAUUUCUUGAUUAAUUAAUCAACCAGAUCAAUUUUGACAUCUGGAGAAUUUGUAAAGCCAGUAUGUCACAUUUCUUUGCCUCCUUUUAUUUGGAGAAAUGAAAGAAAAGUUUAGUUCCAACUGACUGUCCUGUCAGUUGUUUAAUCAACAUUCCUAUUGUGUAAACUAGAGUUCUUGAGGGCACAGAACCACAAAUGUUCAUUGUUGCCUACAUCUCAUUCUUGUUUUAAAAAUUUUAAAAGUUUUCCCACUCUAAUUAUGAAUACACGAAAAUGUCAUUAUGUAUGUUGAUGAAACAUUUAUGGGAAAAGUUUCUUUAUAAUAAAUUAUUUCAGUCUACCUCUUUAUGUUAUU